AUGGCACAGGAGAAGACGCAGGCCGACUACUUCAUACAUGACCUGCCCGGUGCGCCCAAGCCGUUGCUGAAGAUGCACGCAGGACACAUCGAAGUCGACGCAGAGAACAACGGCAACCUCUUCUUUUGGCAUUACGAGAAUCGCCACAUUGCAGACCGUCAACGGACGGUAUUAUGGCUGAACGGCGGCCCUGGCUGCUCCUCGAUGGACGGCGCCAUGAUGGAAGUCGGCCCAUACAGAGUGCGCGAAGGCGGCAACCUCGAAUACAACAACGGUUCAUGGGACGAGUUCGCAAACUUGCUCUUCGUGGAUCAACCCGUUGGAACUGGUUUCAGUUACGUGAACACCAACAGCUACCUCACUGAACUCGACCAAAUGGCCGACCACAUGCUCAUAUUUUUGGAGAAGUGGUUUGCGCUAUUCCCCGAAUACGAGAAUGACGAUUUGUACAUCGCCGGUGAAUCGUACGCUGGUCAACACAUUCCCUACAUCGGUCGCGCUAUCCUCAAUCGAAACAAACAGAACCCCUCCAAAACGCCAUGGGCGCUCAAGGGACUCAUGAUUGGAAACGGUUGGAUAUCGCCCGUCGACCAGUAUCUCGCUUACAUACCCUUUGCCUACCAGAAUGGACUCAUGCGGGCUGAUACGGACAUGGCAAGGCGUGUGGAGGAACAACAGAGGAUCUGUAUCAAGAAGCUCGACGCCGGUGGAAUGAACACUGUCGACACAAGCGAGUGUGAGCAGAUCAUGGUUAGGAUUUUGGAGGAGACCAAAGACACAAAGGCCGACAACAUGAACCAGUGCCUCAACAUGUACGAUAUCCGUCUCCGUGACGAUUCGUCGUGUGGUAUGAACUGGCCUCCGGAUCUUGCGCAAGUCACUCCUUACCUCCGCCGCCCCGAUGUUAUCCAGGCACUUCACAUCAACCCCGAUAAGAAGACCGGCUGGCAAGAGUGCAACGGGGCCGUUUCUGGUCAUUUCCGUGCCAGAAAGAGCGAGCCUGCUGUCAAGUUCCUGCCCGAAAUCAUCGAGCAGAUUCCAGUCUUGCUGUUCUCUGGUGACAAGGACUUUAUUUGCAAUCACGUUGGUACAGAAGCUAUGAUUGGGAACAUGCAGUGGAACGGUGGCAAGGGUUUCGAAGCUUCCCCCGGUGUACAGAAUGCUAAACAGGAUUGGAUGUUCGAGGGCGAAGCUGCUGGGACAUGGCAGGAGGCGCGUAACCUCACAUACGUCGUCUUCUACAACUCCAGUCACAUGGUUCCCUUUGACUACCCCAGGCGCACCCGCGAUAUGCUCGAUCGCUUCAUGGGAGUCAACAUCGAGGCAAUCGGUGGUGCUCCUGCCGACAGCCUUAUCGACGGCGAGAAAGGUCCACUGACCAGCGUUGGUGACCACCCCAACUCGACUCAAGCAGAAGAAGACAAGACGAAAGAGCUCAAGGCGGCAGAAUGGAAGGCCUACACUCGCUCCGGCCAGGCUGCACUCGUCGUUGUCCUCAUUGCUGCCUGCCUCUGCGGCUUCUUGUGGUGGCGCAGUAGGCGUGCUGCAAGCAGCGAAUACAAGGGUACCGACAGUGACGAAGGACGAGAGUCUCUUCUCACCGGCAUGGGCCUUGACAACUUCAGGAGAAGAGAACGCAGGCAGGAUCUUGAGGCUGCCGACUUUGACGAACGGGAGCUUGAUGAUCUUGACGAUGCGCCAAAGAAGCCAGGAAAUGGUUAUGCGCGCGCAAACUCGGAGAAGACGAGGGAGUCGCACAACGACUCUACGUUCUCUUUGGGCGUAGACAGCGAUGAUGAGGAGGCUAGCUCCAGUGAUCGUGGCGACCAGUACAGCGGCGGCAACGUCAAGAACCCCUUCGAAGAACGCGUCGUAAAUGGCUUUACAGCAACGGAAAUCGCGACACUACAGAGCAGGUUGAACAAGCAACUCGGGCCUGAAUACAUAUCACAACGACCGGGUAAUGGCGGCGGCAAGGUGGCGUAUUUGGAGGGAAAUAAGGCAAUAGCGUUGGCGAACGAAGUCUUUGGGUUCAAUGGCUGGUCGAGCUCGCUGGGGCAGGUGCAGAUUGACUACGUCGAUGAGCAUCAGAACGGCAAGGUCAGCUUGGGUCUCUCAAUAGUGGUGAGAAUCACACUCAAGGAUGGUACAUAUCACGAGGACAUUGGCUAUGGCUCGAUAGAGAACGGCAAAGGCAAAGCCGCAUCAUUUGAGAAGGCCAAGAAAGAGGCGGCGACAGAUGGCUUGAAACGCUCAUUACGUACGUUCGGCAACGUACUCGGCAACUGCUUGUACGACAAAGAGUAUCUCAAAAAAGUUCAGUCUAUGAAGGUUAAGCCCAUCAAAUUCCAAGAGGACAGUCUCUACCGACACGUCGACUUCAAACCGCCACCCCAGCCUGAAGAGCAAGCCGUGGUCAAGCAGGAACCACAGCAAACACCAUCCCGACCCAACCAGAUCCUUCGCACACGUACCGAUCACUUGAACAACGAAUCUUUUGGCGCUGACUUCGACGACGAUGCUGAUGAGAACUUGUUUGAUGGAGUCGAUGUCACGGAGGGCCACGGUGACGAAUUUUCAUUCUCCGAAACAUUGUCAGCCUCAGAAACCACAGCAUCACGGGCAGCCGGGCCGGCGAAACCAAACGGUGUACCAUCUGCUCGCACAUCACCUGUUCGGAAUACGGGCCCUCCUCGUCAACCAAAUGGCAGGCCUCCACAAGCCGGACGUGGAAAUCCUGGUAUGCAACAGCAGCAACCGAAUCAAGCACCUGGAAGGCUCCCUAUGCAGAACGGAAGGCAUCCACAGACUCCAAUUCAACAACAGGCUCGACCUGUGCAGAACGGUGGUCGCAUGGCUCCACCAGCAAUGGAAAACGGAGCUGCCUCAAGACCUCUAGGACAACAACCACCACCAAAUCAACAACUCGCUCCCAACAAUCAACCUCUCCGGCCUACACCACCCCAAGCACAUCAACCACCAAAUCAAACACGUCCAGGACCCCAACCCUCAGAAUCGACCACACCUGCUUCAAACGCACCUCCUCCUAAUCACCGUCCCCCGGUAGGCUUCGUCACCUCUCGUGCUGCGGAGCUUCUCCAAGCAUCAGACGCAACUUCGCUCAGCAAUCUUCCAUCCUUCAAUCCUAACGUCGAUUCCCCCAUACCCAAAGAGAAACGCACACCCGGAAUCGACCACGCUCGCAGCAUUCCCAUCAAGCGUGACGCAGUCGGUGCGCCGCCUGCACCUCAACCACCUCCUCAACGACCAGGCGUUACAUCAACUGGCUCCUUCAACCGUCCCAAUAUUGUAAACCCACAAAUGGAUGCCAACCGCCGGAUUGGUAUGCCUGGCGCACCAAACUACGCCAUGAGUCCUAGCGCGAACCGUGGCGCAUACAAGCCACCUACAAUGAACAGCGCCGGUCCUGGUGGUGUUAAGAGAGAAAGGCCAGCGCUACAGGAUGUCAGUAAUGUGGGUGCUAACGGGGCUGCGGGUGUUGAAGGUCCAGACGCUAAGAAGCAGAGGGUUGAUGCGCCACCUGGUGCUGAGAAUACUGGUGUUGCUAGUACGUAA